AUGGAAAAUAUCAAUAUGAUCGAUUUUCAAAUUCCGGCAAAUUCAAGCUUGAAAGAACAAAUAAAAUGUGAAUCAGAAAAAGAUGAUUCUGAAAAUCAAGAAAAAAAUGCUACUUCGAAUAAAAUUAUUCUACCAUCAUCUAAUUUUAAGACUGAGAAUAGCAAUCCGGAGGUGAAUGAAUUUGAGACGGACAUGAAACGAUUGUUAGUCAAGAAUACUUCAAAUACUUUGCUUUGUAUACCGGAGCAUCGACAAACGAGAAAUUCUACAGCUUCAUGUCCAUCAAUGUCACAAACUGAAAGUAUACUUUAUAUCAAUCCAAUGGCACAUUUUGCAUCUUUACUACAACCUUCACUUAUUGAUGACCGUAGACGGUCGAUUCAUACUGGAGCUUCAGCAAUCGGUUUUACAAGUCAGAAACUAUACCGGAAGCGUGGUUCUCAAUCAGCUUUCAUCUUGGGAUGUGAUACCAUUAAAAAUGAACCAUUGGUAGAAUCAAUUUCACUAAAUCGUAUCAAAGAUGAUCUGAAAAUAGUGGCGCAAGAAAACAGGAAGAUACAACAAGCAAUACGCUCCGAAUCUAAUAUUUCGUAUUUACCACCACCGCAAAAUAUUACUAAACGAGCCAGCCGAUUAUCCAUGAAGAAUUUGCAGGAGAAUGAGUUAUCAUAUAUUGGAACAACAUUGAUGCAUAAACGUAGUCGACAAUCAACGACAUUUGAUUUAGGGAAUGAAAUAUUAAGUAGCAGGCAUGGUUCCCGAAUGAUUAAUCAAUUUGGUUCAAUUUCACAACUUGAUCAUAACAAUUUAUUGAAUAAAGAAACUGAUACACCACCUCUUGAUACUCUUAGUUGGAGUAAUGCUGAUGAAUACGAUAAUGUAACAUUGAUGUAUGCAAAGCAUGAGAAAAUCCCAAUGAAGGAUUUUGGAUCAGAGAUUCGGGCGACGAUGGACAUCGAUCAUUUGCUCAAUAAAUCUAUUCUUCUCCUGGAUUUGCAGGAAACUUCCCUAGAAGAGAUUUUUGCAAAAAUAAUUCAUGAAAUGGACAUUCAGGAACCAGAAUUUACCAGUGAGCAAGUUCGAUCGGUGCUAUUUACGCAAGAUUCUGGAAAUCAAUUUCAUGUAUUGAGCCGAACGGUACAGAGUAUCUGCACAACGGGUACUGUUGGUGGUACUUUUGAUUACGAUCAGACAUGGAUUUGUGCCCUGUGUAUGUUAAACACAGUGCAACAUAGGCAUGUAGCAAUUGCUCGGCUCAGUCAUCCAACCAAUUUAGGUCGUACAAUGCAAGACCUGCGGUUUAUUAUCAUUGUUAUUGCUCCUUCACGAGCGAAAGGCACCAAAACAGCACUUGAAACGACGCGAACUUUUGCGACACUUUUUGCUGAUAUGGAUAUAAGACAACGACUUGUUAUGGCACAAAGUGUAGAUCAAUUUAGAACUACACUGCUAUCAGCAGCGAAAGAACUGGCAGUAGAUCAGAAUCAGUGGAGAGAAAGAAAAACAUCAAUUCAUUUCAGUCAAGCGAAGGAACAAUUGUUUGGUCCGGGCAAAUGGUAUCUAUUUCGUGGACUCAGUAAUGAUUUCCUUCGGCGUAUCAAAUACUACUCUUCUGAUUACCUGGAUGGAUUGCGUGGCUCGAAAACAAUCCAAAAAUUGUUCAGUUCAAUAGUAUUCCUAUACUUUGCUUGUCUUCUACCAGCAAUUGCUUUUGGUGUUUUGAAUGAUGAUAAUACAAAUGGAAGUAUCAAUGUACGUAAAGUAAUUACUGCUCAAGCACUUGGUGGAAUAUUUUUUGCAAUAUUUGGUGGCCAACCGAUAAUUAUAUUGCUGACCACGGUACCACUAGCAAUAUAUAUUAAAGUGAUAUAUAAAAUAGCAGAGGAACUCGGCUAUGAUUUCUUUGCAAUGUAUGCUUGUGUUGGAUUAUGGUGUCAAUUUUUCCUUAUCCUUUAUGCAUCUACUGAUAUGUGCAGUUUAAUGAAGUUAGCUACAAGAUCUGCUGAAGAAAUGUUUUCGCUAUUUAUUGCGAUAGCCUUUACUGUGGAAAGUAUACGGGCGCUCCAUACAAGUUUCAAGAAAAAUUACCACAAUUGUGAUACUAGCAAUGUGCGAAAAAAGGAAAAUGCUGACGACGAUGUAUUGCCUUCCUUCCGUUUAAAUUCGACGCCAUCCUCCUCCGUUGUUGAUAUAGUGGAAACAAGUGCACCAUUACAGAUAUAUGGUGAAUUUUGCCAUCGAGAUACUUCAAUUUUAUAUAUGCUUCUUAUGUUUGGUACAUUGUGGCUUGGUCUUUUUUUAUACAAUUUUAGGAAGACGCCUUAUUUGACACGGUCACGUCGUGAAUGGCUAGCUGAUUAUGCACUUCCUGCUUCAGUUCUCAUCAUGUCGUUUACGGGUGCUUACUGCUUUUAUGAUAUUGAAAAGGACAAAUUCAAAAUGCGUACCAAUGUAUCGAUAUUCACUGUUGCACCGGUGUUUUCGUUACCGUGGCAGGGCUAUUUCGUAUGCCUACUCCUUGGCUUCUCAUUAUCUUUUCUUUUCUUCAUUGACCAAAAUAUCACCUCAGCUAUUGUAAAUAACCCACGGAAUAAACUAAAGAAAGGUUCAGCACAAAAUCUGGAUUUGUUUGUAGUUGCGAUACUGAAUUGUUUCUUGUCAGUAAUGGGUUUACCAUGGAUGCAUGGUGCAUUACCGCAUUCACCAUUGCAUUUGCGCGCACUUGCUGAUGUGGAAGAACGAGUGCUGCAAGGACAUGUUCAUGAAGUAAUAAUGAAUGUGCGCGAGACACGGCUAGCUACAUUAAUAGCACAUUUAUUGAUAUUAAUCUCAACGUUUACACUCUUACCAUACCCUCUUCAAUGGAUACCAACAUCCGUAUUACAUGGUUUAUUCUUGUACAUGGCACUUACCUCUUUGGCUGGUAAUGAAAUGUUCGAACGAUUAUUAUUACUUAUUACUGAACAGCAAGCCUAUCCACCCACUCAUUACAUCAGGAAAGUUCCUCAGCGAAAAGUACAUUUAUUUACUGCCUGUCAGCUUGCACAGCUUUUGUUACUUUGCGCAUUCGGAUUUUCACCCUAUCCAUUCAUUGAAAUGGUUUUUCCGAUUGUCUGUUUCUUCUUCUUACCCAUCAGACAUUUGUUGAUACCACGAUUAAUUGACUAUAAAUAUUUGGAUGCACUUGAUGGAAGACAUUAG